ACUUGCGAGAGAACAUCCCUCCUUCUCCUCCUCCUCCUCCUUCCUCUUCCUCUUCUUCCCCCUCAUGCUGCUGCAGACGCUCAGACGCUCAGAGCAUAGGCAGACGCACGAUGGACUAGAGCUCAUCACGCUGAGGACCGUUUCAGUCUUUUUGGGGAGGACUGAGUCGAGAUGCCGGGGACUUCAAGUUGCCCUCCCGCGACAGCUGUGCUCGCUGCGCUACUGGUGUGUGUGUCAUCUUUCAACGUGGACCAGAAGAACGGCUUGUCCUUCACUGGCCCGCUGGAGGACAUGUUUGGCUACACCGUCCAGCAGUUUGAAAACAGCGAAGGCAAAUGGGUUCUGAUUGGAUCCCCGCUAUCGGGCCAGCCAGCGAAACGAACUGGUGACGUCUACAAGUGUCCUGUGGGCAGGGGGAACAGCACGUGUGUGAAACUGGAGCUCCCAGAAAACACCACCGUUCCCAAUUUACACGAAGUCAAGGAGAACAUGACCAUGGGAACCACACUUGUGGCCAACCCCGGCGGUGGAUUCUUGGCGUGCGGUCCUCAGUAUGGCUACAUGUGUGGUCAGCAGCAGUACAUCUCAGGGGUUUGUGCCAAUGUUAGCUCGUCCUUCCAAGUUCUCAACUCGGUGGCGCCGGGCGUUCAAGAGUGUUCUAAGGAGCUGGACAUCGUGAUCGUCCUGGAUGGCUCCAACAGCAUCUACCCAUGGACCAGCAUCACCGAUUUCCUGGUCCGCUUCAUCGAGAACAUUCAAAUUGGACCCAAACUUUCACAAGUGGGCAUCGUGUCCUAUGGCGAGACGGUAACCCACCGUGUCAACCUGAGCCAGUUCGACAACACCGCCGACCUGCUAGAUUUCGUACGCGAGCUCCCGCAACAGACCGGCUUCAAAACAAUGACCUUCCUGGGCAUCGACACUGCCAGGAGGGAGGCAUUCAUGCCGGAGAGAGGCGCGCGACCUGGCGUCAAGAAAGUAAUGGUGAUCGUGACCGACGGAGAGUCGCAUGACUUUCACAACCUCAAGCCGGUCAUCAAAGACUGCGAGGAGGAUGGCAUCGAGAGGUUUGGCAUCGCUGUUCUGGGCGACUACAACCGACAGAAUAAGAGCGCGGAGGAAGUGCAGAAGUUCAUCAAGGAGAUCGCAUCCAUUUCCAGUCUGCCCCUACGCGACCACUUCUUUAACGUGUCGGACGAGUUAGCUCUUUUGACCAUUGUGGACGCGCUGGGCAGCAAGAUCUUUGCCCUGGAAGCUACGACAGGCAAUUUCACCUCAUCCUUUGACAUGGAAAUGUCGCAAGCUGGGUUUAGCGCUCAUGCUUCCAAAGAAGGCUUACUACUGGGAGCGGUGGGAGCGUACGACUGGAACGGCACGGUCAUCGUGCACGUCAACGAUGGAGUCGUUUAUCCGGAGAAGAACCACUUCUUUGACCCUGAAAGGGAAGCCGGCUACGAAAGACUGGCCGGUUACCUCGGUUAUGACGUGCAGUCGGCAUCCACCCCCGACGGGGUGCUGUACAUCACGGGGGCGCCGCGGUACAACCACACGGGCCGCGUCGUCAUCUACCGGCUGGAGGACAAAGAUGUUGUCAUCUCGCAGACGCUGGGAGGAGAACAGAUCGGUUCGUACUUUGGCAGCGUGCUGCAGACCGUCGACGUGGACGGCGACUCGUACACAGACCUCCUGUUGGUCGGCGCGCCCAUGUUCAUGGGCUCCGACAGAGACGAGCAGGGCCAAGUGUACGUCUACAAGCUCAAGCAGGACGGCCGCUUUGCGUACGAGUUCACGCUAAAGCCCGUCAACCAGUCGUGCUGCAGUGCCAGCUCGUCGGGCUGCGCCCACAAAAACGAGCCGUGCGGCGCCCGCUUCGGCACGGCCAUCGCCGCCGUUUCGGACCUCAACCUGGACGGCUUCAACGACGUGGCCAUCGGAGCGCCCUUUGAGAACGACCACAAAGGGGGCGUGUAUAUCUACCAUGGGGACAGCAAGCGGUCACUCAAGGAGAACUUUGUGCAGCACAUCCCGGCGGGCGGAAAUGACGACAAGAUGAAAUUUUUUGGUCAGUCCAUACAUGGGGUCAUGGAUCUCAAUGGAGACGGAAUCACUGAUGUGACAAUCGGUGGUCUUGGCGGGGCCUCGUUGUUCUGGUCCAGAGAUGUGGCGGAACUCCGAGCCAACAUGUUUUUUGACCCUGCCAAGAUCAACGUGAAGCAGGCAGAAUAUGAGUGCGAACACCUCGGACGAAAAUCUGUGUGUGUUACCACCGAAGUUUGUUUCGUCUACAGCAUCAAAUCCGAUAAGCAGAAUCUUAAGAACAAAGCAGUGAUUCGCUACAACCUGACCCUGGAUGCUCUGCGGGCGAAAGCCAGGGCUUCUUUUCUCGACUUGGACGAAAAGAGCGACCGACGGAUUUCCAGAACGGUCACAGUGGAGGACCGAUUGAAGAUGUGCGCGAAGGAGAAGUUCGUGAUGUCGGCAAGACUGGACUUCCGGGACCCUCUCAUGGUGUCGUUGGACUUUAGACUGGCCGAUGAAGACCAAGGCCCGGUCCUGGAUGAAAGCCUGCCCACGUCCAUUAACAAGACGAUUCCCUUGGUAGACUGUGGCAACCACGAACGGUGCAUCGCUGACCUCUCCCUCCGAGCAGAGCCGAGUGUAACAGGGUUGGUGAUCCGAGCCAAGAAGGACAAACUGGACGUGAGCAUCCGCGUGAGAAACAGUAAAGAUAACGCCUACAACACCAAAGUGGUGCUCAGCUUCACGUCAAACAUCAACUACGUCAAAGUGGAGCCGGAAAAAGACUGCACUCUGAAUCACACCAAAGUGGAAUGUGCGGUGGGGUACCCCUUCCUGGGGAGCAAUGUGGAGGAAGCUUUCAAAGUGAAGUUUGAGGUGGAUACGAAUCACAUUCAUCACAACAUCCAAAUCAACGUGACAGCCACGAGCGACAGUGAAGAGCUGACCUCCACCCUCAAUGACAACACGGUGCACAUCUCGAUCCCCGUCAAGUAUGAGGCCGGCCUUGUUUUCACUGUGCGUCCGGUGGACGAGCACGUGGUGGUGAAAGAAGGCGAGAAGUACUCGGCGGUGUUCAAUGACACCCGCAUGAUCGGCGAGGAGGUCAACAUCAGCUACACGAUGGAGAAAGCAGGCGAUAUGGUGUCUCCUCCUCUUGAUCUGACGGUGACCUAUCCCUGGCUGUCGCCUCGUAACAAUUACUUGCUGUACUUGACGCACAUCGUCACCAGCCCGCAGAUGAAAUGCGACGCGGCCGCUUUGAUCAACCCUCUAAAUCUCAACCCGGACGUCUUCAAACCAAAUCCAAAGAAAGAAACACUCGGCGUCUUUCUUCUGAGCUGCGAGAACCUCCCGUGUGCCUCAUUCAAAUGUUUCAUCCCAGAAGCCAAAGUCAGCCAGGUCAACGUUAGCUUCCGAGUGUGGAAGCCCACAUUCAUCAAGGCGGACUUUUCCAGUCUGCACAUGCUGGUGAACGCCACACUGGCGAGCAGGAACACCGAUCUGUUUGUCCUGAUCCCCAGUGACAGCACCCGAACUGUGAAGAUCCAAGUCUCCAAGGAGAGCUUAGGGGGAAUCCCCAUAUGGAUCAUCAUCAUCAGCAUCCUCAUAGGUCUUCUCAUCUUAGCGCUUGUCAUUUUUGCUCUCUGGAAGAUGGGCUUCUUUAAGAGAAAAUCCCGGGAGUUCUCCAAGGAGGAUAUGAUGGAUUGAAGCUGACACGCAAAGAGGAAAUGAGCGCCGCUUCUGGAGUCACUUUAAAAAAAAAACACAAAAAAAAAACACUGAGUGUGUGACGAUAACACACUGCGACUACCUUAGAGUACAAAAAGCCAUUCAACGGAGUCCACCACUUACAGGCAAAGUACAUGUUUGCUUUUGGACUGUUAUGCACUUCAAUUGAAAAAAAAAAUGCACUGUUUUUAUUUUUUGCUAUCAACAUCCAAAGUGGCCACGUCACCAUUUUUUUAUUCUAUUUUUACUGUACAGAGACUUUUAUGACUUAUAGCUGGUGCGUGGAACCCAUUUGCUGUUUCGCGUUCCAUAAAGUGUAUAUUCAUGAUGACGCUCUUGUAAUCGCUGUUUAUGGUUAUUCUUCUGACAAAAUAACUGACUUUUUAGCUUGAGCAACCAAUUUGACCGUGUGUGUGUGUGUAUGUAUGUGUGUGUGUGUGUGUAUAUAUAUAUAUAUAGACGCUCAAGUAUGCUAGCGUCACGGCACAUCCUGUUUUUUUUUGGUAUUUUAUUUUGCCAAAAAAGAAAAAAAAAACAAUGGAAAUACAAAUAUUUUGUGUUAAGUGUGUGGCCUUUUUGCUUAAUCCCACAAUCUGACAUUGUACUGUAAAUAUCGCAACAUUUAAGUUUGAAAAUGUAUAUAAAUGUAUCUUUUUGGUUUUCAUUGUUAUUGUUGCAAUAUUUGAAGUUAUUUAAGAGAUGUUGCCCACAAGCCAUUUAUGUUUUUGUGCUCAGGUAUUAUGACAUAUAUCAAAGACACUAAUUACACAUAGAGGCAGAUUAUGGAUUUAUGUGAAUAUGAAACAUGGAUUUAUUUUGAAGAGGAAAUGAAAUUAAUUUUCUUCCUGCAGUAAGUUGCAGUAAUUUUUAUUCAUGGAGGCAACACUUCAUACACUGACUAUGCUGUGUGUAUGUGGCAUCCAACAAAAUCAAAUGCAGCUCUGCUUACCCUUCGGGUUUGAAAUGAUAGCAGUGGGGCAUGUGGGUGUUUUGCUUGAGUAACUUUAAAUUUUAACUGUAAACAGUGUAACAUUUUACUGAAAAAAAAGUACAACUACUUGUGCUCAGAAGAUGCCAUGGAUGAAAACGUUUACUCCUGUACAUAAGUGAUGCUUUUUUGAGUUAAUACUAGAUUUCAUUGCUUGUUCUAUGGUAUUCAUCACACUUUUCAAUUUGGCAUCAAUUUUACACUUUGCAAGUUUGUUGAUGUGACACGAGAUGAUUUUUUAACUUUUGAGGCAUAUUUUUCAACUUUAGUGACCUUCUUGUGUGCAGAAAAUAUUUUUUUAAUUUUUUUUCUUCCACUCUUCUAUUUAAUUUUAUUAAACUGAUUAUAACUGUUGCAAGCCAUGACAGUGGUUAUACGAUGCGACACCAUAGUAUGCAAUGGCGUACAGGUGCAUGCUAUGAAGAUUUUUUUUUUUCCAGAGCUCUUUUACUUUCCAUAUUUAAGCACAACCUGUUGGUACAGAAAGUCAUUUCAGAAUUUUUUAUCUCUGAUAUUGCCUGUUUGCAUAGAUAGACUAAAUGUGGUCCGGAAUCACUUGUUUUAUUUUAUAAGAUCUCCAAGCAAACCAACACUGCUGUGAAGUCUUCAAUGUCAUGAUGCACUGAUUUGUUUUGUCAGGCUGUCUCAAUUUCUGGGCAGCAUACACAAACUGUAGGAUUAUGAAGAUUUUGUAAAUACAAAUGUCAUACAUACUGUGUUCUUUAUGUUAAAUAUUUUAAAAUGCAUUCUGUGUAUUAUACAAAUGCUUCCAUACAAAUUUGCGUAUAUUUUCAAGUUUACCGCGUUUAUCUUUUACAGCCAAAUGCAAUUUCAUUUCUAUAUUUUUCCAAACAAAUAAAAAAUGCCUUCACAACUUUUAAA